AUGGGCAACUCAAAAAUUAGAGACUAUGACAGCAUUACAUCUUUUCUUGGAAAUUGGGGACCCUUUCAGCGAAGGAUUUUUUUAGCACUCGCCAUCAGCAUCCUCCCGAAUGGUUUUAUUGGCAUCUAUAUAGUAUUCGUGGCUGAUACCCCUCCUCAUGAGUGCCGCAUCCCUGAAAACUACAACAUCAGUGAGAUGUGGAGAAACGUGACGAUCCCACUGGAAACAGUUGAUGGCGUCUCAAAGCGCAGCUCUUGCUCAAGGCUUGACCUCGGAAUUGUCACAAACUACUCUCAAAAUGAUAUCAUCCCAAACGUGGAUGUGAACGUGAGUGAAAUUCCUUUGGAGAGCUGUGUGGAUGGGUGGACAUACAGCAAGGAAAUCUACCAGUCAACCAUUGUCACGGAGUGGGACUUGGUCUGUGAGAAUGGAUACAAAACUCCACUGACCACCUCUAUCCAUUACGUUGGUGUGCUGGUGGGAUCGUUCAUCUCAGGCCAGAUGUCUGACAGGUAUGGAAGGAGGCCGGCGCUCUUUCUCAUGAUGGGUCUGCAGACUGUGGCAAUCACAGCGCAGAUAUUCUCCCCGAGCUGGGAGGUCUUCACCCUCAUUUUCUUCUUUGCGGGUGCAGGGGGAUUCUCCAACUACACCAUUGCAUUCGUGCUGGGUACAGAAACCCUGAGCCCAAAAGCGCGAGUGGUCUUCUGCUCCCUUGGGGUUUUUAUGUCCUCGGCUUUGGGGUACAUGGCAAUGCCAGGCGUGGCUUACUUCCUCCGUGAAUGGCGGUUGCUGCUGAUUCCCAUGGCUGCCUCUGGCUUGAUCUACAUUCCUCUGUGGUGGAUAGUCCCAGAGUCUCCUCGCUGGCUGUUCUAUAAGGGAAGAGUGAAGGAAGCUGAAGCCAUACUGAGAGACGCUGCCAAGACGAGUAAUAUAGAAGCUCCACAGGCCAUUUUUACACAAGAUGAGAUCGAAGAUGUACUGGCUUUGAAAGAUGAGAAAUACAACUUUUCGGUCAUCCUGAGCAGCUGCAAUGUGUUCUCUAUUACCCUGCUGUGUUCCCUUCUGUGGGUUAUCGUCACCAUUAGUUACUAUGCUUUAAUCCUCAACACUUCAAACCUGCACGGCGACCCUUACCUAAACUGCUUCCUGUCUGCUACAACCGAAGUGCCGGCUUACAUAAUUGCCUUGUUACUGCUCCAGUUCUGCUCUCGGCACUUGUGCCAAUCCUCGACACUCUUUCUUGGCGGUGUCAUGAUCCUGUGUGUUCACCUCAUCCCAAUAGAUUUACCGAGUGUAUCUGUGUUUCUUGAGAUGUUGGGAAAGUUUGGCGUCACAGCUGCAUUUUGUGUGGUGUACACCUUUUCAUCCGAGCUCUUCCCCACCGUUAUCAGAAAUACAGCGAUGGGGUGCUGUUCCAUGGCUGCUCGUGUUGGAACCAUCCUCUCCCCCUUUAUCAUUUAUCUUGGACAAUACUACAAAGCCCUCCCAUACAUACUAAUGGGAAGUUUAGCCAUUUCUGGUGCUUUCUUAUGUCUCCUGCUGCCAGAAAGUUACAGGAAGGCUUUGCCAGAGACCCUAUCCCAAAUGCAGCAGAUAUGCGGGUUGUGCAGUGGAGAGAAAAAGAGGAAAUAUGUAGAAAACAGAGGAAGUGGCAACCCACCCAUACAAUAUGAGGCCAAGUGUGAUGUGCAGACUCUUACACCAUAGUCUCCUCGAGUUUCACUUUUAAGACAGACAGACAGAAUGAAAGACACUUCUUCUGCUUGAAUGUAAUUAUCUGAAAUCUGAAACAAUUCUUUGCAGUCCACUGCAAAGAAUUUUUUUUAUUAUCAAUUUUUCAUAACUAUUUUUUUACUCUGCUGAUAUUUGCUAGAAAUGUUGCAACGAACUGCCAAAUUUCUAGACCUUAAAAUGUUUGUAUGAAAGUGAAAUACCUGUCUGAUUGGCCUCUAAUUUCUGUCACACGAUACGUGUAAUUAA